AUGGGUAGCAAGGCUCCAGCUGUGGGGAUCGAUCUAGGAACCACGUACAGUUGCGUGGGAGUAUGGCAGCAUGAUCGGGUUGAGAUCAUUCCGAACGAUCAGGGUAACAGGACAACUCCCUCGGUUGUUGCCUUCACUGAGAAUGGAGAGCGGUUGGUCGGCGAGGCUGCCAAGAACCAGGCGGCCAUCAACCCUCAGAACACCAUCUUCGAGGUCAAGCGGCUCAUUGGGCGCAAGUACACGGACCCGACCGUCCAGGCGGACAUCAAGAUGUGGCCCUUCCACGUCGUCCGCGGUCCGGACGACAAGCCCAUGAUCGAGGUCGAGUUCAAGGGCGAGAAGAAGCGCUUCUCGCCGGAGGAGAUCAGCGCCAUGAUCCUUGCCAAGAUGAAGGAGUACGCGGAGGCGUACUUGGCAAAGACCGUAAGCGAUGCGGUCGUGACGGUCCCGGCAUACUUUAACGACUCGCAGCGCCAGUCGACCAAGGACGCAGGCACCAUCGCGUCCCUGAACGUCAUCCGCAUCAUCAACGAGCCGACCGCGGCCGCGAUCGCGUACGGCCUCGACAAGAAGGCGGCCAACAAGGGCGAGCAGAACGUGCUCAUCUUCGAUCUUGGGGGAGGUACCUUCGACGUGUCACUGCUAACGAUCGAGGAGGGAAUCUUCGAAGUGAAAGCGACUGCGGGAGAUACGCACUUGGGCGGGGAGGACUUCGACAACCGGUUGGUCAAGUGGGCGGUUGGGGAGUUCAAGCGGAAGUACAAGAAGGACAUCAGCGGCAAUGCACGGGCCAUCCGCCGGCUCAAGAACGCGUGCGAGCGCGCGAAGCGCGCGCUCUCGGCGACCACCCAGACCACGAUCGAGGUCGACUCGCUGUACGAGGGCAUCGACUUCGCUGCCGUCAUCACGCGCGCGCGCUUCGAGGAGCUGUGCAUGGACCUGUUCCAGCGGUGCAUGGACCCGGUAGAGAAGGUCCUGAGGGACGCCAAGCUGGACAAGGGCAAGGUGGACGAGGUCGUACUGGUCGGCGGCUCGACGCGCAUCCCCAAGAUCCAGCAGAUGCUGACCGACUUCUUCGCGGGCAAGCAGCUGAACAAGAGCAUCAACCCCGACGAGGCGGUCGCGUACGGCGCCGCGGUGCAGGCCGCGAUCCUGAGCGGCGCGGGCGACAGCAAAGUCCAGGAUCUGCUCCUGCUGGACGUCACGCCGCUCUCGUUGGGGUUGGAAACCGCGGGCGGAAUCAUGACGACGCUCAUCCCGCGGAACACCACCAUCCCCACGCGCAAGGAGCAGGUUUUCUCGACGUACUCGGACAACCAGCCGGGCGUCCUGAUCCAGGUGUACGAAGGCGAGCGCGCGCGCACCACGCAGAACAACCUGCUCGGCAAGUUCGAGCUCUCGGGGAUUCCCCCGGCGCCACGUGGCGUCCCGCAGAUCAACGUUACCUUCGACAUCGACGCGUGA